AAGAAGUAAUCAAAAUGGCUGCCAACGUACUAGAGGAAGGUAUAUCCAAAAAGGAGCUCCAGCCUGAGGCAAGUCCCCCAGACAUAAAAGCAAUGGCGGAGCAAUUCCUUGCAACAUUUUAUCAGGCUUUUGACUCUGAUAGGACUACUUUGGGACAACUUUUCAGGCCAGAAUCGAAACUGACUUUUGAGGGAGAGACGUACACAGGACCUGAAAAGAUUCUACUCAAAUAUAUCAGUCUUCCAUUCAAGCAAGUAGUUCAUGAAAUAUCAACUUAUGAUUCUCACCUAACGAUUGAUGGAACACUACUCAUUGUAGUAGUCGGAAGACUAAAGACUGAUGAUAAUCCCCCGCUCAGUUUCACAGAGACUUUUAAUCUCAAACAGUUUGGUGAUGGUCUCUUUGUAAUGAAUGACAUCUUCAGACUCUCACUACACAACAGUUAAUAUUAUCAUUAUUAGUAUACACAGUAUAGAUACUAUUGAACUGAUCAAUGUAACUACAUUAUAUAUUACAGUAUGUACUACAUACUACAUGUGCAUGUGUGUAUACUAGUAUAUGUUAAUAGUGCAUUAUUUAAGGUUGUUAAUGUUUAAUGUUAUGCAUAUCUUCUUUUCUUCUCUUAUUUGUUGAUUUAUUAUUAGUAUUAUAAGUUAUUUUAAUGGAA